CGCAGUCGAGUCGAUUAGUGAGGUGGCUUUUCUUCCGCUCCACUUCGUGAAAACCGCGACGGGCACUUUUGGGUGGUGGUUGAAGUAUCCAGGUUUCGAUACCGAUAUCGUUCCGUAUCGACUGUGUUGUGAGUACUUCGCCACGUGCCACCUCCUUCCCGGCUCUUCCGUGCACACGAUCGAACCAGAAUCGGGCAAAGAUAAGGACCACCAUCCAUCAAGUACGUGUGCCUUGGUUCCGCCGAGGGUUGACGAGCGCAAAAACGAAUUCCACAACUCGAAACGAUGGCUGAUGUUGUGGAGGAAGUGAUCGCCCAGGUGCAGGAGAAUCUGACCCUGGCGGAGACAGCGGGUGCGGCCACGAAUGCGACCGCCAAGGUACCGUCGACACCGGAAGGUAUGGCCCUGGCAUAUGGCACCCUGGUGGUGAUGGCCAUGCUGCCCAUCUUCUUCGGCUCGGUACGGUCGGUCAAGCACCACAAGGAGCAGAAGACCGCCUUCCAGAAGACGGGCGAGAAGCCCGACACGAUGUCGUCGCACGACGCAAUGAUGUUCCCGAUUAUGGCUUCCUGUGCGCUGUUCGGCCUGUACAUGUUCUUCAAGAUCUUCUCGAAGGAAAACAUCAACUUCCUGCUUACCGGAUACUUCUUCUUCCUGGGCGUGAUGGCCCUCUCGCACCUGCUCAGCCCCGUCAUCAGCUCGCUGAUUCCGGCCUCGAUACCGAAGAUCCCGUACCACCUCUCGUUCGUGCAGGGCCCGGCCGAAGGUGGUGACAACCAGGGCAAGAAGAAGCAGUACCUGAUUGACUAUCGCUUCACAACGCACGACAUCGUGUGCUUCAUCGUGGCCCUCAUCAUUAGCGUUUGGUACCUGCUGCAGAAGCACUGGAUCGCCAACAAUCUGCUCGGCAUUGCGUUCGCCGUGAACGGAGUGGAACUGCUGCACCUGAACAAUGUGGCCACCGGAUGCAUUCUGCUGUGCGGGCUGUUUGUGUACGACAUCUUCUGGGUGUUUGGCACGAACGUGAUGGUGACGGUGGCGAAAUCCUUCGAAGCUCCCAUCAAACUCGUCUUUCCCCAGGACCUCAUCACGAACGGGCUGUCGGCGUCGAACUUUGCCGUGCUCGGUCUGGGCGAUAUUGUCAUCCCUGGCAUCUUUAUCGCGUUACUGCUCCGCUUCGAUAAUAGCUUGAAGCGCAAGAGCAACACGUACUUUUACGCCACGUACAUCGCGUACUUUGUCGGUCUGUUGGCCACAAUCUUCGUGAUGCACGUGUUUAAACACGCACAACCCGCCCUGCUGUACCUGGUACCGGCCUGUCUCGGUACGCCGUUGCUGUUGGCUCUGCUCAAGGGUGACAUUAAGAAGCUUUUGGCAUACGAAGAUCAUCCGGAGGAGAAGACGAAAGAAUCGAAAAAGGACAAGGAAGGGGACAAAUCGGCCCCACAGGCGAAAAAGGAAACGAAAAAGAAGGAUUCGAAAAAGGCAAAAUAAAUCCGAUCUCACGUAGCAGCCAUACCUUCGCGGCCACCAUGAAACUUUACCUACAGCACCGACACACACUGAAGGAGAAGGGUUCCGACUCUGUUUCCAACGGAACCGAACGUUUUGUACCGUUCAAGUAUACCCGCAAGAGUAAGGUGGGAGUGCUGAGGUGCGUUUUUGCGCAUACAUCCGUUAAAGUUGGGUUAAAUUGCGUACAUUCUGCCAACAUUCUGUUCCGCUUGGUUCUGCAACGACGUACUGCCGCUGUGCGAUGAAGCUUUUUUAUAUACACGAAAACAAUCUGAAAUGAAGGAACAAACAUACAAACCACCUGCACAAACAUCAAGAUUCUUUCCGCUAGUCGGAAGCGGGUCUGAUCAUUACGUUGAACCGAACUCUUUGGAUGGCAACAUUGUUUGUUGGCGACAAACUUACAAUCUUAAGCGACUUUAGGUAGCAUAAGCUAUAAGCUUCUCGUCGGAACUGAUUUGGCUGACUUUAUUUACAGAAGUUUUUUCCUAAGAAUUAACGCUGGACACGAGACGAGAGACCACAUGGGGACGAUGUGCAAAGAGGGAAAGAAAUUGGGCAAACGUUAGGAUAAGCUCAUAGGCAAUUUUUGACGAAAACGAAACAAUUAUCGUAGUUGAAACAAUCAUCUGUCCACUUCGCAGUAGGAGCAAACUGUGAGGUCUAGAUGGGCGAUUGGCAAGAAUUUAUGAAUGAAACUCUCUGAUGAAUGCCUAACAAAAUACAUGAAUGAUCGUACGUUGUG